GGUUUCAGUCAGGCAACGUUUAUACGUGCGCUGUCAACAGAACGCAGUUAAUGUUCCAAGUGCUUCUCGACUGACAGCACGUGGGUAUACAGUCCAAGAUGCCUACGAGUAUGCCUACGUUCAUCCACUUUCGGACACCGGGCAUCCUGAUCUUCGGGAUGGUGAUGGCUCCGUGUGGGUUUGUUCUCGAUCUUACCGCCACGGUGGCGCCAAACUGGAGAACUGUUAAUAACAUACCGACUGAAGCCCAAGAUGUUUUCCUUCAGCAGGGGAUAUGGGACAUCUGCCGCGCAUCUACCACCUCUAGAGAUAUUCAGUGUAACCAACAAGACGAACCUUACUUCAAUGAGCAGAUCAUUGAGAUUGCCCAGGGCAUGAUGGUGGCAUCUCUUAUCGUCACCUUGAUAGGCCUGGCGGUUGCAAUUCCCGGUGUCCGGUGCUGGAGGGAAAGACCCAACUGGACUGUAGCUGGUCUGGGUGGUUUGUUGAUUUUCUGUUCUGGUGUCCUGACCAUCAUUCCCAUUGCUUGGUACACACACAUUUUGACUAACAUCACAGCUAAAUCUACAGACAUCCGGGUGGGCUACUGCAUCGUGCUUGGGUACAUUGGAGGCAUCAUGGAAGUUCUUGGCGGAAUCGUCAUGUUCAUCGGAAUAUGCCGUUGCUGCGGUGGAAAGAACCGCAGCGAGAGGGUUAUCAAAGACACUGGGAGGUCCAACCGCAACACUUCUCCCCCACGCAGGAUCACGGUCCCGAGCAUGACAAGCAGGGCGCCGAGCAGCGCCAGCAGUGUCCCAUACUCAAAAGACUCCUUUGACCAGCCCGACUUUCCCCGGCCUGCUCCUCGGGCAAGCAGCAAAGCAAGCUCAUAUGCUGCUCAACCUUACGACGCGGAUUUGUGAACAGCUCAUAAAGGCUGACGAGGUCUGCAGUGACACUAAUAUGCUUUCUUUAGGUGUACUACAACACUACCGGUAAUUGAAGAGAUGUCUCUGUGACAACCCACCUGGGGUCUGAAAUAUGCUAAAGAUUACAUGAAGAUUGUAGGCUAUUUUGAUAUAUUUGUGUAAAAUAAUGGGCCAAAGGUUUACAUAGGUGUAGUUAAGAAUGACUGGCAUUGACAUGUAAGAUACAUAUACUGUAAGUAGCCUAGAUAAGAAGCAUAGCCAACUUAACACCUUGCUUCUUAUUGAUCCGCAUGAAAUUUGCUUUAAAUUUCCCCAGGGUUAUGAAGGUCCUAUAGGAAGAGAAGACGUGCAAUAUGUAUAUGAUUUGGACAUUGAGCUAUAAAUUGUGGUGCAAAUAACUGACGUUGUGAAUGUGGACAGAACAUAUAUUUAGUGAAAAUCAGUUGUUUCCAACUUGUUUGAACUGUGCAGUUUUAUGCACUGCAAUUUUUACAUCUUAUUUAGUAAGGAAUACAGUUGUCACAUUUUACUUGUGUGGUUGAAGAUGUGAGCCUUAUUCAACUGUGGUCUUUGAAGGUGGAGUGACUGCUAGUAAGCUUAACUCUGAGUCGUUUAAACACUUUGUUGUACUUUCUUGUAAGAAACAAAUAAAUGUCUAAGAACUUAA